UAUUCAUUCACUCAUUCAUUGACUGCGUGAGCGUGAGCUUGUUGAAGGGCACGAUUGUUUUGCAUUUUGCAUUGUCUUUAGUACGCUGUAAUGUAUUAGUUAUAAUAUUACUUAACUGUAAUUAGUGUUUAUUAUUAUGCAUUCAAAUUGAGACACGCUGUUCGAUUCGUUUGGUUAAUUAUUUAAGUAAGUAACCACAAUGGCGGUGCUGGCGGCUGCUCAGCUGCUCGAUGAGUUGAUGGGCAGACAUCGGAAUACAAAUCCAAACGAAAAGAUUAAGAAACCGAAUUGGGAAGAUCCUGAGUAAGUAACCACAAUGGCGGUGCUGGCGGCUGCUCAGCUGCUCGAUGAGUUGAUGGGCAGACAUCGGAAUACAAAUCCAAACGAAAAGAUUAAGAAACCGAAUUGGGAAGAUCCUGAGUACUGUAAAUAUUAUAUGGUGAAGUUCUGUCCGCAUGACUUGUUUGUGAACACUAGAGCUGACUUGGGUGCUUGUCCUAAAGUACAUGAUGAUGAAGUUAAAGAACUGUUUGAAAAGGCUGAGACCUCAUAUAAGAAAGCACAAUAUGUGGAAGAGUUUCUACGGUUCUGUCGUCAUAUGAUCAAUGAUGUUGAGAGAAAAAUCCAAAAAGGUAAACAAAGAUUGGAGCUCAUGAAUUCUAAGCCUGAUGGACCUCCUAUGACCCAAGCCCAGACUGAGAAAAACCAAGAACAGGUGCAAUUACUAUCAGAAAAAAUAACAUCAUUAGUGCAGGAGGCUGAAGAAGCUGGAACUCGUGGAGAUGUGGAGCAGGCACAAGGCCUCAUGAAGCUCUGUGAUAGACUGAAAGAAGAGAAGGAACAACUGUUGAAACAACAGGAGAAUAGUCAUUGGUCUAUGACGGCUGAGUUAGCAGCCGCACAAGAAAAGCAGAUGGAAGUUUGUCCGGUGUGUGGUGCGUUCCUCAUUGUCGGGGACGCACAACAGCGUAUUGACGACCAUUUGUCUGGGAAACAACAUGUUGGUUAUUUUAAACUGCGGCAAGCCUACGAAGAGAUGAACGAAGCGCGGGAAAAGGAACAACAAGAGAAAGAGAGGAAACGACGGGAAGAGAGGGAAAAAGAACGCAGCUCUCGUAGUGGAGGGCUUGGGUCGGAUCGACGCGACAGAGAACGAAUGGAACGUGACCGAGAACGCGAUAGAGAUAGGAGUGAAAGAGGGGAUCGUGGCGAUCGCGGCGACCGUGGUGAUCGUGGUGACCGCCCUGAACGAGGUGAACGCGGUGAACGCGUUGAACGUUCUGAACGCGGUGAACGUGGUGAACGCAUUGAACGUGGGGAUCGUGGUGAUAGGGAGAAUAAUGAUAGGAAGGAACGCGAGAGGGACCCAAAGGAUAGGGAAAGGGAUAGGGAACGUGAGAAAGAAAGAGAACUGCGGGAACGACAUAGAUCAAGCCGAGAAAAGACCAACCGUCAUGAGGACCGUGAGCGGGAACGAGAGAGGGAUCGCGAGAAGGAACGGGAGAGGGAGCGCGAACGCAAGCACCGCAAGGACAGAAGAUCCCCUCACGAGCGCUCGCGGCGACGUUCACGCGACCGCCACUAGCUAAUGACUGAGGUAUCACAAAUGCGCCUGAAAUCGUUGGAAAGCCAUAGAGGAAGAAGCCAGAGUCUCGCUGCUACCGCCAUGCGCCAGCAGCAUCACAUCAAAGAGGUACAUUUGAAAUUAGCACCCGUACAGAAGAGGCGAGGCGCACCGCCGUCCCGGACGUUCUACACUUGGCCAUCGGUUUCGAGGUGACAUAGAAUAGUCACACGUAUUAUUAAGAAUUUCAAUGUUAGCACCAAAACUAUUGGUUAAUGAAAUGCAUGUAGCCGAAAGUCCCGCGUUACAAGUGGACUUGUUGUUAUAUUUUCCGAUUAGAUUUUAAAUAUUUGUAACAGUGUAGAUAUCACUGAUAUUUGAUCUUUAGGAAGGUCACUGUUUUUUUCUGUAAACCAGUUCCUCUGAGGAGUCAUCAGGUAUUUAUCAAAUUAUUUUUUAUCCUUACUUAUCGUAAUGAUGUUAACAUGAUUUAUUGUGUAUGUUGGGAAUGAGCUGAUAGCCAAUGUCUUGAAGGAUUAAACUAUUUAAUUCAA